GCGUAAAUCGAUUAGUUUUACCGUAGUAAAAACUAUCAUUGCAAUUUUAUAGGUUAUAUUCCUUGAUAUCACAGUAAGCUGUACAUAAGGCUAAAAUCACGAGAGUAGUUAUGUUGAUCGACGUAGUUGAGCCAUAGGGUGGAAUGGGAGCUGUUGAGAAAGUAUAAAAGAGCUCGAGCAACGCGGCAGGUCGGCUUCUCAGAAGCGGGCAUUGAUUUAGGAUUAUUCGUAUUGUUGUUCUAUUGAUUGAUAAUACGAAUUAUCCCAUGAUGGCCCUGAGUCAAACUAGCGUGGUGAGUAAUAAAGAAAAACCACGAAAAUAAUAUGCUAAUGAAAAAUACAGGAAACAAAGCAUCGUGCUUAACGGGCCGUAUUUGAAGUUAUACAACACAGUCAUCGAAGAUGUCAUAGCUGGCGUGCGUGAAUCAUUUUUAGAUGAGGGUGUAGAUGAGCAAGUAUUACAGGAGUUGAAACAAAUAUGGGAGACAAAAUUAAUGUCCAGUAAAACGUUCGAGGUGAACCCAGAUCCACCAGAGCCCCAGCCUCCUCAGCUUACCACCCACAAGACAGUGGCAACAAAUAAAGCUGGAAAUGCUGGAAAUCAUUUUGUGCAACAACCGUCAACUGCAGCUGCAGUGCAGCAGCAGCAGCAGCAGCAACAGCAACAACAACAACAACAACAGCAACAGCAACAACAACAGCAGCAACAACAACAACAACAACAGCAACAACAACAGCAGCAGCAGCAGCAACAACAGCAACAGCAGCAACAACAUGCACAGCAAGCGGGCCAUCCUGUGCAACAACAAUCAAGUGGUAUUGCGCAGCAGGUAGUUACUGCUCCUGCUGCAGUUUUAGACAGACAAGUUCCAAUUCAAAUCACUCUUCCUGCACAAGCUGGUCAGCCCGAUGCUCAGCCCCGAGUUCUCACAAUACAAGUUCCAGCCUCAGCGAUUCAAGGUAACCAAUUACAUACUAUUUUAACUGGUCCUGUAAUUACUGCUGCAAUGGGACUCCCUGCGAACCUGGCAUCAACAUUGUUGCAACAACAUGUAAAUGCUACGCUUCAAGGACAACCUACGCUUGCGCCUAUUCAACUAGCCCAACCAACUGUUGUAACACAGAAUACAAACAGUGUAACGACACAGCGAACUGCCCAAAGUCAGGGUAACAUAGCUCAAUUGGAUGGGCCUGUGGUUGAUACGUCUGACGAAGACGAUGAUGAGGAAGAAGAAGAUAAUGAUGAUGAUGAUGAAGAUCUUGAUGAUAGAGAAGAAGAAGAAAAUGAUGACGCUGCUGCACGUGAGGAGGAACCACUGAAUUCUGAAGAUGAUGUUACUGAUGAUGAUCCAACAGAUUUGUUUGAUACGGAUAAUGUAGUUGUCUGUCAGUACGAUAAGAUCACAAGGAGCAGAAAUAAGUGGAAAUUCUAUUUAAAAGACGGCAUAAUGAAUCUAAGUGGGAAAGACUAUGUUUUCCAAAAAGCUAAUGGGGAUGCAGAAUGGUAAGGGGCCCACUACUACUUUUCUUUUAACAAGUGAAAACCUAUUCUUCUUUCCUCGUCUCUUAUAUCUUUUGUGCAGUCCUGUGAAUCACAUUGUUAUGAAUUAAUCAUUCACAGUUACUUCAAAAUCAUAAUAGUAAUAAUAAGCAUUAUAAACCAAUUACCAUUACUCAUUUAAAAUGAUACAUGUAAUAUCAGGUAAUAUAAAAUUUGUUAUUAAGCAAUUGGAUGUUUUACGGUCUUGUGGACAAAAUUCAAACUCUUGUAUUUUUUGAUUAUAAAAAUAAUAUAUAUAUAUAUACCUAUAUCUAAAACCGUACUGUUAGGUAUUAUCUAAAUUCUUGCUUUUAAUUUUUGUAAAUAAAAUCUUUCGCAAAUAUCACUGCACUGGUUUUGACAGAAUAUAAUAUAAGGGAAUUCAGUUAACUUACUCAGGGAUGUUUUGUUGUGGUAUAUAUAAGUAGACUUGGAAACGGUAAUAAAGUAUACUCUAAUUUUAUAAAUCGCAUGGAACUGCAUUGCAAGAUAGAAGUAAUAGUUGUAACAUGAUUUUUAUUCAUCUGAUACCGAUUAAUUCCGUUUUGAAUUUAUAAUUCUUGACCCUUACUCACUUACAAGAGGAACUGCCAAAUUUCAAUAAUAUUGCGACUGGAAUAGACUUGUUUUUACUUUUGUACGCAUUUGUAAAUCUUAUCAUAAGAUAGAUUUUAUGUAAUUCCAAAAUUGCGAUUUAUAAAUAAUUUUCUGAAUUUAUUCUCUGCGUAAAUCUAAUAUAACAUAGAAUGAAGAAUUAUUAUGCCUAUUUCACUUGGAACACGGAUACUAAAUAAUACAUGCUUAAAUGGUCUACUAAACGAUAGGCCAGUUUAACCUUUUAAGGACGGGACUGGUCGAAAUUUCGACCAUUGGGUUGGUCGGAUACUCCACGUGAAAAAUUCAUUGAUAUUAUACACAAAUUUCGUGUAAAAUAAAAGGUGGAUUUCAACGUAAAAAUUCCCGUCCUGAAAAGGUUAAUAUGCUUUGGGAAUAAUAAUUUUGAAAGUGAAUCACCAGUGUAGUUGUAAAUUUUAAGACAAAAUACAGGUUAGUAAUUAGGAGAUUAAGUUUUAAUUUUUGAUUAUACUGUAUACUUUCACAAAGACUGUGCUCUAAUCUAAAUAUCUGGUUGAUUUACAAAUGAAAUUGCAAAAUGGUUAAGGAGUUUGAGUGUACGCUCACUUAUAAAUUUUGUUGAUUCUCGUGAAUAUUAUUAAAUCAUGGAUUAUUUGAAGUAAAGUGCCUAUGGGUAAAGUGGCGUGUGGGAGUUGAAUUUAAAUGUGAAACAGACUAUUAAGCAAAUGAUAUGCUCAUAAUUUUUGUUAUAAUUACCUGGGAUGUAAAUAUAUUGUCGAACGUUGUGUAAAAGUGAUUAUCGAAACGAAGUAUAAUAGUAAAUUAUUCCCGAGUUCAUAAAUUAGUUCAUAUUUCAUUAGAUUCAUAAAAUGGGUCAGACUUAUGUAUAAAUUAAAUUAAAGAAACUGAUGCUGGGACUUGAGUAGUCGAGUGCACAAGAUUCUAUACUUGAAUUUAUUCAACUAUGUAAUUCUUAUAUAAUUCUUCAACUGUAUUGUAAUAAAAACGUUUUUGCAAUUCAUUUCGAAUAAAGAAUCGAGCAUAAUCCAAAACUAGUUGAAAAAAUAUUUUAAAGUUACAUGUGAAAUAGGUAUAGAAUGAAGAUUUAAUAGGUAUAUUUGAAAACCAUCAAUGGUUGAGUAUUUUACUUCAUCUGAAGAAGCAAACAACUUAGAAUGAAAAUUCUGUGAGUUCAUGAAACGAAUGAUUUAUAUACUGUAGAUUUUCAAAUGCUCAAUUCAUUAGUAAAAAAAAGAAUCCAUAAUUGAAUGCAAAUUAUCACUGCUUAACAACUGUGGUUUCAAUACUUUUCAUUGAUACAUAUGUAUAUAAAUCAGUUGAAUAGUGUUGUGUGUACGUAUAGUGUAUUUGAAAAUUCUUAGAAGAAUAAAAGUGUCUUAUGCUGCAUACAUGUAUACCUACAUUUGUAAAAGUAUUUUAAAUAAAGAGGGUCUAUUACUGUA